CCCAGACCAUCUUCAAUAACGAGCCGCCGAUUUACCACUGCACAGAGCUCCUGACACAGUACUCAGUGGCUAGUUACUUUAUCGAUGUUUUACUUCCUAUCCCUCUUUACUUACAAUCAGCCCUUGCUGUAACAUCUCUAAGACGCACCUAGGUUCUAGUUAAACCCGCAAGAUGGCGAGAUGAGCACUUCUCCGGACCGCACCCAGCGCCCCCAAGCGAGUGCAGAGACUGAAAUCGAGGCCGAAAUCGACGAAGGCAAUUUUGGUUUGAGUCCCGAUUCAUACACAGCCCAGAAAUUGCAACAUGCCUCUCCAGAACAUCUUCACACCACCACUCGACGGACGUUUAUUGGCCCUAUACCUCGAAGUUGGCUACAGUCUCAUCGUAAAUCGUGGUAUAAAAAAUGGUUUGGGCUGAAGGACUACUCGUCCCGGCAGGCUACCUUCUCCGAAGACACUUCUUUCAAUAUAAACACGCGCCAAUUGACAGGAUUUAUUAAAGCUCCAAAUGAACGAAUUUAUAAACCAAGUUUCCCUCAACCUAAAGACGUGGAUGAAAGCCAGGGACCGGUAAAGACUAUACCCGUAGCGCCUAUUGAUACUUCCCAAGAGGAGCCUGCGACGGCGGACCAACAGUCGAGCCACGCUGAAAGUGGACACCAUGGCGACUUGGAUCAAAUGGCGAAUCCGUCGGAUCAACCAAGUCCAGCCAUGAGAAAGUCCUCGACGGAUCUUGCGACUGUGGAGGAGUAUUUUACACCAAGUGAGUCGCUGGGGGUGAGGAGCAGGCCCGGGUCUUUUGAGUCAGUGGACCACCAAAUUCGGCAUCGGGGAUCUUCGAAUUCAAACCAGGACGUUCCUCGUCGACAUACCCGGGACUAUAGUUCGAUGCCAAACCCACUAGAUGAACCAUUACAACUAGCAGCAACCCACGAGAGCACAUCUAGAACGGAUGAAACCGAAUCUACCGCAUCUUUAAUACCCCAUAAACGGCAAGCCUCAGCAAAACUAAUAUCCAAGGAGUCCUCAAGUCUCCUUCAAGCAGAAGUAUCCCGUGCUGAAACUGCUGCAGCUGGGGAGGGGUACCCCAAUCAGCCUCCAACGGACCAGGCAUUAUUGAGUACUGUUUCCUCGGGAAUGGUUCGAUUCCAACAAGAUGGUUCAACUGGGGUAAAUAUGCAACCACGGAAACGACGGACUCGCCAGAGAGCAAAAGGCCGACAUCGCAGAUUACUUCCAGGUCGCGAUGGUGAAAUCAUUAGAGCAGAGCGGAUGCUAGUCCGAAUUGACACCACAAAAAUGCAGUCACUUCCAAAUGAUUUUAGUGAAAACAACAGUAUUAAAAUAGAAACCCGAAUUGCCGAAAAGUGGAGGGAAUAUCUCGUUGUGUGUCGUCAAGGAACUGAUGAGGAGACUCCUAUCACUCUUCAUCUCUACAAAACCAGAGUGAUCCCCCAGGUUCAAGUUUCACAGGUGAAGAAAAGUUCAACCCGCGAUAUUCCUCUUACUCUGGGAUUUACGAAGGUUAAUCUGUUUUCCUCCCUGGAUAAAACCAUUGUUAUUUGGCACCCUGAUCAUGAAGGAUCUGUUUUGUUUAUUAUGCGAGCAAAAUCAUGGACCCAUUCAAUGGAAUGGUACACAUUUCUUCGUACGACGCUUGGAUGGCAACGUCCCACAGACCUUAUAGUUCGUGUUCCCGACCUCGAUAUUGCUGUGCUUCUCAAGCACCCUUUUUCUCACCUACAGAAUUAUCCCACUCCAGCAGACCAAGACGACAAUGAGGAAUGCUCGACACUUCUCAAAACAAUGGCCGAGGAACGGGCCGUUGCAGCUGGCAUAGUUAAAACCUGUAUGAGUACGUUAUCGGAAUGCCCAGAAUGGGCCUCUAUACUAAAAGUAUGGCCGGGUUCCGAGAAAAUGGGUUUGGCCUGGCGAAGGUAUGACAGGCUAGAGUGGGUUCAUGGCGCCAAUGAGGAACGAAUGUAUGGAACAAUAGCGAUGAGGACCUCCCAUGAGCUCGAACUACGACCAAAGCGCCAUUAUCCGACGACUAUAAAGCACGCUGGGGAGGAAGAAGUAACUGAGGAACCCCCUCCAGUUGAAGGAUUCCUCAUAUUGCUUACUUCACAAAAAGGCAAACGCCAACGACUAGGAAAGGCGUAUUCUCGGCGGUUAUACUUCAACGUUCAUGACCAGUAUCUAUGUUUUUGUCGACCAGCGAGAGCUAUCCCUCCCCCUCUGCCACGGCCAACAACGAUUGUGGGAUCUGAUAUCCCAACUGCGUCUCAACUUUCCAAGGAUACUCCCAUUAUCUAUUCUAUCAAUCCAUAUCCCCUGCAGGAUGGGGCAAUCUCGUGGCUUUCUAGAGUAGCGCAGAACAAGCGAGAACAACAUGAUGCUGAAGCCUACCGUGAAAACAGAAGAAACCUAGAAAAUCUCGAAAGAGCUGAAGGUUAUUUUAAUCUCUGCCAGGUGUCAAAAGUCCAAGUUGCAAAUAAACAUUAUUUUCCCGAAGAAUCACAUGUCAAUGGGGGCGAUGUUGAUUUCCAUGAAGAAGCGAGAGAUAGUACAGCACGAGGUGGGCCAGGAAACGAUCAUCAAUCCCAAGCCAACAGGUCAUUUGAGCUAGUGAUGAGUGGGGGACUUGUUGUAAAGUUUCGGGCCUACAAUAUGCAAACAAGAGAUGAGUGGGUUCAGCGGCUCUCGAACCUUGUUCGAUACUGGACUGCGCGAAGGCGGGAAGAUGUAGGUAUUAUGAAAUCAAUUCGGCGGCAAAACCUUGAACAACUAAAUAUAACUGAAGACCAAGAGUUCAUGUUUGAACAAUUUGCAUCUGCUUGGGAGGUAUCUAAAGCACAGACAUCCCCAGAGCUGUUCAAUAUUUGUGGGAUGUCGGGUUGUCGAGCCGUUAGGAUGUCUGGCACGCUAUAUUGCAAGCCCCGACGACGGUCAACAUUUACUGCCUGCGAUGUGAUCCUCACUGAAGGCCAACUUCUUACCUUCCAGAGCCUUAUUCGUAAACUCUCCGGCGAAGAGACACCACAUACCCAUCACGAACGUGAAUGGGUACUAGAUCUCCACGACUGCUAUAUAUACAGUGGUCUAAUAACGGACUCUGAUCUUCUUUACCAAAACCAUACCAUCGAUACCAACUUACCAAGUCAGCAUGCUUCGCCUCGUUUGUAUCUCAAUGACGGAUGGACAUCGUCUGAUGAAGAUGUAGCAACGUGCUUCGUGCUUUGGCAAAAUGCACGGAAGACCGUGUUUCGCAGUCAGGAGGAACGAGAGGAUGGUGCGAGGGCGAGAAAAUGGAAGAGGGUAUCCACCUUGGGUGUCCCCGGUAGGUCCAUCGUGUUUAAGACGAGAAGUCGGGCUGAGCGAGAUAUGUGGGUGUUGGCCAUUGAAACGGAGAUUGACCGGCUGCAGCAGUUGGAGGACCUUCGAAUUGUCCCUAAAGACCAAUGAUCCGUUCUCAAUCCAUCGUGUUUCUGUUUCUUCAGGGUUCCCUGUAUCCGGCUGGUUCAUGAGGGCAAUUGUACAGUAUAUUUUUGGUUCUCUUUGUGUCCCGUUCUUUUAAUAGCGAAUGCAUCGCAGGGGAAUAGUUCAGCUUUUGUUUUUUCUUCUUAAGGAGGUGCAUGUUCAGAAAGAUUCUGUUCAUUUCAUAAUUCCUUUCUCCCCUAUAUGAUAAUUACCAGACAACUAACUGCAUGGGUUAUAUAUAUAAACCGUGCAGGGGCUGGCUCGAUGUGCCAAUUCUAUCAUUACAUCUCCAAUGAGGAAUAUCUAUAAGCCACCAAAAUCUUGAUGCCAAAUGCAAGCCCCAACUUCAUGCAUAGUAGAGAGCCGUCCAGAUACUCUCUUUCUCAUAACAACAACAUAUAUAUACAGAUAAAUGGUAUAAUAUACAAUAUACAGUAACCAAACUGAAAAAGCUUUGAGAAUUCCAGCCAUUACUAUGCGCCAAUAUACGGCUUCUCAACCUUAACCGCAUCCUCCUCAACCCUCGAUCUCUUCGCAGCUGGCUCUCCUCCCUCUCUUGCCCAAUCGUCCCACUUCAACAACCUCAUCCGCGGCCACAGCACACACAUUACCCGUCCUGAUAUUAAGCUCAUCGAUACAGGCCCGUACGUAUUACUGUCCAUAGUCUUCUUUGCGUCGGCUACAUCACCUUCCACCCAAACGUGAUUCCAGGGGACGAUUUGCGCGCUGCCGUCCGAUUGAUUGCGCGGUGUCACGCGGUCUCCUGCAAGAGCUAUUAUGCGUUUAACGGUGGUUUGGGAGGGGUUGAGGUGGGAGCUGUUUUGGUUCGUUGGCACAUUUAAUUAUAAAUUUACAUGAAUGACAAAAUAUAUUUGUUUACAUUCAAAAUACUCACGGGAACGUAACAACCAUCCCCCUCCUAAGAUUCUUCGCCGGUUCCCACUUUUUUACUAAUAUCAUGUCCUUGACAAGAUGUGUCUCGCCAUACCCCUCGUUCAAGCAGGGUGUCAUUGACGGGCCACUCACCCACAUCACCUGCACGAGGUGGUCUGAGAGAAGAACAAGGCCGCCCAUUGCGAGUAAGCUGUAGCCUCCAAAGCGGAGAGCGGCCCUGCGGAAUCUGGGUGAGCGGAAGAAGCUGGACGAAGAUGAAGCUGUGGCUGAUGCCGACGGGAUUUCUGAAGAUGAAGCGAAGGAUUUCCCAUUAUUAGAGGAGUGAGACGGAGCGGCUUUGUGGGAUAACCGUUCAAUGAUUUUCGUAUACUCUGCGGCUUCCAAUUUGCGGUUUACGAGGUUGGUCUUUACGUGCGUUUCUGCUGAAGGGGCGUCGUAUGUAGGGUGAGGAGUGGUGGAGGCGGUAGAAGGGGAAGGGGUAGGCGGUGCUGACUCUUUGUGUGGCUUUAUAAUUGUGCCUUUGCGAGCCGGAGGGGGUUUAACUGGAGCAGGGCCCUGUUUGGGGAGCAUGGCUACUAGAGACGCCCGCCGGGGGAGAUCACAGACGACCGGUGUUCCUUUCCUGCUUCCUCAGUUCAUGGGUUGGGUUAUUGGAGAAGUCAGCAGCCAAUUGAAGAGGGUUAGUUAGACAGUAUUUGAAGUUGAGGGGCGACCCCUUGAUCAUGCGCAAUGCGCCAACAUCGCGAUGCGUUUUCUGGCGGAGCAGGAAGUUGGGUUCCGCAAUGUUUGUUCUGUUUGUUUUGUUUGUUCUGUUGGAUCUGCUCCAAGCCAAACGACGUCGAUAGGGCUGAAGGGUCGAUCAGAUGACAUCACACAGCAGGACAAACAUAGCCAGCUACCUAGGUAAAGGUACGGAGUAUAAAGGGAGGGUGAUUGGAAUAAAUCCUCUAAAAAAGCAGCGCCCUUAAUUUUAGGCAUGGGAAGGGGGGAUACGCUACUUUUAACAGCGUCUUAUUUUAACAGCUCAUGAUGGUCGUUCCUAGUUACAGGGAAAUAAAGCCCUGCGGAUUAGAUUCUGAACAUGAAAAUAGAAGCACAAUAUCAACAUAUGAAAA